AUGCCGAACGAGUCAGAAGACGAGUGGCCGACUUUCGGCAAGUCCAACCUCGCCUUGGUCAACGACUGCGACAACUUCCCGCGCCCCGACCUCGACAAUGACCGCUACGAGGAAGCCAUCUCCAGCCUCUACACGCUGCACGUCGCCGACCACCACGCCACGCUCGGCUUCGUGCGCCCGCACGUAGCCGAGACGCUGUCGGGCCUGCCCGCCUGGGACGUGUCGCCCGAGUCGCAGACGCUGAUCUUGGUGGCCGGCAUCGACGAGGCGGAGCGCACCCAGAUCGUCGCUGCCACGACGGCCGCCAUGCGCCAGACGCGCCACUUUGAGCUGCUCAACAAGGGCUGGCGCAACGAGCUGUAUCCCGUCUACGGCAACGCCGGCGAGCUGCUGUUCCGCAUCGAGCGCGCCGCCAGCCCCCUGUUCGGCGUGCUGGUCUGCAGCGUCAAUCUGACCGUCUACAUGCGCGAUCCCGUGCACGGCUUCCGCUUCUGGAUCCCGCGGAGGGCGCGGUCGAAGCAAACGUACCCGGGCCUGCUGGACAACACCGUUGCCGGCGGCCUGCCGGCCAAUGAGAAGCCCAUGGACGCCCUGGCCCGAGAGGCCGCCGAGGAGGCCUCGCUGCCCGCCGACUUUGUGCGCAAGAACGCAAAGGCCGUCGGCAACGUCUCGUACUUUCUGAUCCGCGACGCGAGGGCCGGCGGCGAGACGGGCCUGCUGCAGCCCGAGUCGCAGUACGUCUACGACCUGGAGCUGCGCGAGAGCGAUGCCAUCGAGCCGCGCCCGAACGACUCCGAGGUCGAGGGCUUCGCCCUGCUCACCACGGCCGAGGUGCAGGCCGCCCUCGCCCGCGGCGAGUUCAAGCCCAACACCGCCCUCGUCAUGCUCGACUUCUUCAUCAGGCACGGUAUCUUGACGCCCGAGAAUGAGCCCGAUUACACCGAGAUCGUGUCCAGGCUGCAUCGCCGCCUCAGGUUUCCCGGGCCAAGGAGGCCUGGAUACUAA